AUAACGUUAACCAAAACAAACAGGCGAGAGGCGGAGAAACGUUUAAUUUCAUUACUAUUUGUAACGAAAACACGAUUAUAAAUUAGAAAGGUCAUGUCACCUGUAACUUGACUCCAUGAUGGUCUUUUCAUCCAGAUAAAGCAAGUAAACAUUACCAUGUACCAUAUGUCCAAGUGAAGCUGAUACUAUACCCGAAUAUUCAAAAUCGGCAAUGGAAGACUUGUUAAACAAUCUCACAGGGGUUUCAGUGACAGAGCACCUGAACACCCCAUAUGCAGAACACCCAUAUUUUGCUCUGUAUAAAGCCAAGCGGACAGGUUCGUCCCAGGAAGAGAGAAGGAAAAGAGUUCUAGAUGCAAGGAAGGAGGCGAGGUAUGAUCUCCUCAGUCACUUGCGUAACAUUGAAGAAGAAAAUGUUGGCUCAGAGGGUAGUUCUUCAGAUGAUAGCAUGGAAUGUGAAAAGGAAAGGGUAUGUUAUAGGAGGCCAAAAAAAUACCGGAACUUCCUUAUGAUGAGUGAAUGGUUAGUUGACGUUCCAGAGGACUUUGCUGCAUCAUACCUCUCAGUGCUAUGUCCUGUGGGGAAAAGAACUCUUAUUGUGUCAGCUAGGGGCAGAACGCGAGCGUAUACCAAAGCAGGGAUAAUGGUGAACCAGUUUCCCUCCCAGCUGCCUGGGGGUUGCUACUACAGCAAGAGAAAGGGCUAUGCACUGCUCGACUGUAUCUGGUCAGAGACGGAGAAAACUUACUUUGUACUCGAUCUUGUUGUGUGGCUGAACCAAUCAAUUAUGGAGUGUGAGACACUGUUUAGAUUUGAAUGGGCAAAAUCAAGGAUAUUAGAGGAGACUCCGGAUGCUACUGAAAUAUCCAAAUACAAUCCCUACAGAUUCGUACCCUUACCCCAUUAUGACUGCUCUCCAGAGACCCUGACCAGGUUAGUCAACGAACCCCUGCCGUUCCGUGUGCCUCUUGACGGCAUCCUGUUUUACCACAAGGAGAGCCACUACACCCAUGGCCCAACACCACUGGUGGGUUGGCUCAAGGCCUAUAUGUUCCCUGAGAUUUUAGGUAUAAACCAAGUCGCUCAAGUGCACAUAUCGGAAAGGCCAGCCAAAUACAUUAGCCUUCCCGCCCACAUCCAGUAUGGCAAGGACAGGCAGCAGCAGAAACAGGAGGCCUUAAACAGAAAGAUGGAGGUUUCAGACGAGAAUAACAAAAGUCCAAGAGAGAAAAGCAAAAAAGUCAAAGAUGUGAAGGACAACCAGGAAAAUACCUCAGACAUGAUGGAGGUUUCAGCAGAGAAUAAAAAGAACCCCAAAGGGAAAAGCAAGAAGGUCAAAGAUGUCAAAGAAAAGAGCUCAGAAAUGAUGAUGGAAGUGUCCUCCGAAAACAGCAAAAAUCGGAAAGGAAGAAAGAAAGAGAAGGUUAAAGAAAGUCCGGGCAACAAAAUAGAAACAAUGGUUUCAUAAUUCUUUUUUCAAUUUAUUUUCAUUCUUCUUUGAAUGUAAUUUUCCGAAUGUUAUAAAUCCCAGAUAUUUUUUUCAGAUAAAUUAAAUAUUUCACUUAUGUAUUUACAAUGCAGUUGUAAUUUAAAACAUUCGUUUUAUUAUGAAUGGAAUGAUUUUGUUUUUCAAUUGUGAAAUAAACGGAAAAUAGUG